AUGAAAGUCACACCUCCCUUGAAAGAGUCCCUCCGUACAUCUCUUCACCACGUAAGCCAGUUUCCCGAUCUUUCCCAGCGCUUUGACGUCUUCAAGCAAGAACUAGCUGGUUUAGCCGACAGACUCUCUUCCUACGGUAUCAAAGCCCCGAGAAACACAAGACUCGCUCAAGACAUAUACGCACUAAGGAAUAAUAUCCUGGGACAUCGCAGGGCUAUGAAAACCAUCGUCAUCGAAAUGAACAGUGCGUACAAUCGUAUUAACAGAAGUGGAUACGUUGCUGUAGCACAGCCUAUACUUACCAUGCGUGAUGGAGAAACGAUUCAUAAUCGCACCCCUGAGAGGGAGGCGUUGAUGCUUGUUACUGGGUUUGAUGCUCAGUGGGGACGGUUAAAUGGCAUGUGGAACGAAGGGAUGGGCUUUUUGGAACAAGUCGAUUAUCUUGGAAAUUGUUGCCGUUAG